CCCUGCGGCCCCGCCGCCGCCCCGCGCGGGCCCUGCGCUCCGCCCCGGCCGGGGCCGCGGAGGCGCUGGGAGUCCCGCCCGCACGGCGCGCACACACACAGGGAUACACACACGCACACCGGGACACGCGGAAACACACACACGGGGUACUGGGACACAGGCACGGACACAGACACAGGCGCACGAAAGCGCACCCCGCGCCGCAAACAUGGCGCUGGUGCCCUGCCAGGUGCUGCACGCCGCCAUCCUCCUGUCCUAUUGCUCCAUCCUGUGCAAUUACAAGGCCAUUGACAUGCCCGCGCAUCAGACCUAUGGAGGCAGCUGGAAAUUUCUGACCUUCAUAGACCUGGUUAUCCAGGCUGUCUUCUUUGGAAUUUGCGUCUUGACUGACCUGUCCAGUCUUCUCACUAGAGGGAAUGACAGUCAAGAGCAAGAGAGGCAGCUGAAAAAACUCAUUUCCCUCCGUGACUGGAUGUUGGCUGUUUUAGCUUUCCCUGUGGGAGUGUUUGUUGUGACGAUGUUUUGGAGCAUCUAUAUCUAUGACAGGGAACUGGUUUACCCAAAGCUGCUUGAUAAUUUUAUACCAGCAUGGCUAAAUCAUGGAAUGCACACAACAGUUUUGCCCUUUGUAUUAAUCGAGAUGAGAACAACACAUCAUCAGUAUCCCAGCAGGAGCUGUGGACUGGCUGCAGUGUGCACCUUCGCUGUUGGCUAUAUUUUAUGGGUGUGCUGGAUUCACCACGUUACAGGAGUGUGGGUGUACCCACUUCUUGAGCACCUCAGCCCAGGUGUCAAAAUAAUCUUUUUUGCAGCUGUUACCGUAGUAAUUAAUGUAUUCUACUUGGUGGGAGAAGUCCUGAACAACUACAUCUGGGAUACACAAAAAUGUAUUGAAGAAGGAAAGGAAAAGCCAAAAGUGGAGUGAACAGUAAAGAGGCAACACAGAGGAUUGUUUAUGGCUCCAUGGAAGAUUUCUCAUCCCCAAGAGAGCUUGGCCUGGAGAGGAAUCUUUUGGAAAGGAGGAAGUUUCAUGGGCCCACUUCUCAGUGCAAGGAUAUUUUUGGAUUUUAUAUGGGGGGAAAAUGAUUUUAGCUAAGAAUAAUGUUAAUGUUUCAACCUUCAAUUUUUCCAUGCUUGCAUGUGACAUACACAUAUAAGAUGUAUAUCUAUUUCCAAGGCAUUCUCAACAUGCAUUUCUUGAAUCAAAUAAGUCAUUAAACCAUUAAGUCAUUCAAUCUUUUUACUUCUGCCAAGAACAAUGAGUCCAUUCUCUGUAUUGUUUGAGAAAAGCUUAACCAGAUAGGUUAAAUGCAGGGAAACAAAGCAAUCCUAUAUAUUUCUAAUUACAGCAUACAAGUUAAUUGCAUGAAUGUAUCUAAAGAAGAGUUCAGUCUGACUGAAAUAUUAAUGUAACACUAUGUAACAGUUGCCUUAAAUUCGUUAUGUUAAUAAUUUUACCAGUCCAGUGAAAUCUUACUUGCAGUGUUAAGGUUUUAAGACCUAAAUAAAAAUGAAAUUAUCCUUGCA